AUGAGUCAGAAAAAAGCGCGUACAUUUGAUCUCCAAGCGAUGCUUGGAGAGACUCUCAAGACUGCCCAAGAGAGUAGCCGUGAAACUUUAGCCCGGCGAGAGGAGGAGGAGAAAAAUCGUCAAAAGUCGGCGAAAAAACGGACUGUAAGCGAGGUUGAAUCAAAGCCAUCCAAACCUGCUGAGCCGGCGCCAGAAUCUGACGGAGAAGAUGUUGGUCCUGCUCUUCCUCCCGGCUUCGUCAUUCCUAACAUGCAAGAACUCGCUAAAAAGUCUGAGGAAAAUGCGAAGAAAGAAGAAGAGCAAGACUCUGACAGUGACUCAGAGUCAGAUGAUGAGCAAGACAAUGAGCGAAGAAUGACGCUUCCGAUAACUAGUCGCAUUGCGCUCAACCACGGAAGUAAACCAGUGCAAGCACUUUGCCUUGAUCCUCCGGGCGGGCGACUUUUAACAGGAGCAGAUGACUACAACAUGAAAUUCUGGGAUUUUCCCGGAAUGACCAACACUUUCGAGCCAUUCCGCUACAUGGAGCCGCAAGAAGGCUAUCACGUGCGAGACUUGUCGUAUUCCGUCACCGGCGACAACAUUCUAGUGGUGACUGGAUCGAUGCAGCCUAUUUUGUACGACAGAGACGGUUUUCUCGUCGGCACUUGCGUCAAAGGCGACAGCUACUUGAUGGACUCGUCGAAGACUGAAGGGCAUCAGGCGAUGUGUAACGCCGGCCAGUUUCAUCCUUUUGAGAGAGAAUGGAUGGUUACCUGCGCCAAUGAUGGAACCAUUCGGCAAUGGAAUGUCGAAGAUCGGGAAAAAGACAUGUUCGGCUGUAUAGUAAUGAAACAAUACGACUGCAGAAAAGUGCGAAAUCGACAAGGAAAGCGGGCGACUCCUACUGCGCUCACUUACUGUCGUCAAGGAAAGCUGCUGGCGAGUGGGAACGACGAUGGCUCAGUUCAGAUUUGGGAUCAUAGAAGAAUCGUCUCUCCGAAAAUAAGAAUUUGGAACUGUCAUCCGGCGGGGAGAGAAUAA